AUGUCUGCAGCUUCCAAGUCCCGGCCAGCAUCGCAAGCUCGAACUGGGACCACCAAAAGCGUAUUGUACGGCCCGGAGACGGAGACUGGCUUCAUCAGCCCAUAUGCGCUGGGAGGCGAUGCUGAGACUUCGGAAGCCCUGGACAGCCGAUCGCGUGCGGAAUUAGGACGGCGGCCUCUUGAGCCAAGCUCUCCGCCGCGGGACACCCUUUUGAACGGAUAUCGCUCUCUGAGCUGGCUGUUAGGAUUCAGGCAGAGCUACAGUCUGGUGAAUGGUGGGUCGUGGCACCGUCAUCCACGCAAUGCAAAACGCCUGAAUGUACCAGGUGUUAUCUGGGGCGGAGCGUUGAUCGGCUUCUGUCUUGCCCGGAGCUUCACCAUGAAUGUUUCGCGCACACCGAGUCUUCUCGUUCCGGGUGAAUGGUUCUGGCUAAGCGCGCCGAUAUACAAAGUGAACAUCUUCAUUCACAUCUAUCUGACAACAAUCGGCGGCAUUUUUUCUGUUUUCCAAUUCUUCCCAGCCAUUCGCCGGAAAAAUGUUCUUCUUCAUCGACUGAAUGGCAAGUUUUUGACAUUACGUGUCUGUGACCCAGCUCAUGGGAUGCCUAAAGGCUACGGUGUCCUCUUUUGCUUAGUUGUCGGGAAUAUAUGCGGCGCGAUCGUUGCACGACGUUCCAUUGGCGGUGAACUGAAUGUCCAAUCGGCAUAUUACAUCCUGGCCAUUAUGGUUGUGUACUCCGGUCUUCUGGGCGCGUACUAUGUCAAACGCGACACUCGACUGCAUCGUCGUUGGAUGCUUCGUAAGAAUGGUCGUUUAUUUUUCAACAAUUGUCACAGCCCGUCUCAUCGUUCUUGCUGCGCGCGAGAUCGUGACAAUGAUCGGCACAUAUUACUCUGUGGGCAUAUUCUUGCACCGGCCUCCUUGUCCCUGCUAAGCAUCUUCAAGAUCUGGAGAUGUGACGAGAUCAUCAAUCUCCUCGAAUUGUCCGAUGUGCAGAAUUCCUUUCCGCAGUGUGUAGCACCUGGGGCAAAUGCAAGCGCCUUGUGGGUCGCUGUCCAUGCUUCGACGAAACGUGGGCCUCUUUACCUCGCCUCAUCAGUUCGGGCUACCCUUGGUGGGCAUCUUCCCUUUGUCCCGGAUUUGCUCACCUACAAUUUGGCAGGAAUGUGUCUCUGGAUCGCCACUCUGAUGCACAUGGCUGGCGUUGAGUACUAUCUCUAUCAAACAGAUGCAUCCAAUCAAGUCCGUUUCGGUUUUGUGUUGGAACCAUUGGAUUGGGUCGAAGAGGACAUAAAAAGCUAGUUCGAGGUUAAGGAUAGGUUUCCAUCUAACAAAGGUAGACUAGGAAGGCUAAAGAUGCAAGUCAAUGAAUAUAUUUUCGGACAACAGUUGAAACCAAGGUUGAAACCAAGCCCCGAUCUCACCUCAGUUAAAGCCAAUCCAGCACUCUAUGAUCCCCACCCACUGGUCACACUGCACUUCGUCGACAUUAUUGUCGAUAGCCUCCGAAAUACACGUCGCGCAGGCGUCGUAGCAUGUCUGUGGGGUCUUCCAGCCGUUCAUCUCGCCCUUAUACCAGUUCCGAAAGGAUAGAGAAGAGCACAAACCAGUGCGGUAACCGGUCAGACAGCUGUGCAUAGAUUGCUGGUCGAGGCUCGGUUGUGCCGGGGAGCCCAUGUGGCAAGAGGCUUGCUGGCUCGCCGCGACAAAGCUGGCGAGGAUAAUGAAGAUGGAACUUUUGAAUUGCAUUGACGUCGGGGGGUCUCGAGAGUUUGCCAAUAUGGGGGGAAGGAGAUGGCAACGAGUUUGGGGCCUAGAGGGCUUAUAACGGAGCAGGGUGGAGUUGUAGAACUUUGAAUCUAUCUUCC